AUGGCAGACGAAUCGACCGACCGAGUGGUCGAGGAAGACAGUGGCAAUUCCAAUGUCAAUGACAACGCCAAUGACACUCUCAAAUAUCAACUGUUGGGUCCAUCUUUAACUAAAGCAGGACAAGAUGCUGUGGACCAGCAAAAAGUAUCCGAGAUCAUCUAUAAUGCCUCCAAAGGCUCCAAGUUCUUCAAUCACGAACAGGAGCGUGAUCGCAACCAGACCCUUAAGAUUGAGCGUAUCGCCGCAGAAAAGGUCCGCUUGGAGAAACUCGACUUGAGUCAUGAUUUACGCCGUGCAGAUGAGUAUCUUGCAGAGCUAGAAUUGACCCGGGAUCUCUCUCAAUACGUCAUUCAUGUGGAUUGUGAUGCCUUCUUCGCAGCGGUUGAGGAGCUGGAUCGACCGGAAUUAAAAACCGUUCCCAUGGCUGUUGGAAAGGGUGUAUUGACGACCUGCAACUACGUUGCCAGAAAAUUUGGAAUCCGUAGCGGUAUGGCCUCCUUUGUGGCCAAGAAGCUAUGCCCACAGUUGGUUCUUCUUCCUUCAAACUACGAAAAGUAUACGGCAAAGGCAACCGAAAUUCGCACGAUUCUCGCGCAGUACGAUCCUCUCUUUGAAAGUGCUAGUUGUGACGAGGCCUAUCUUAAUAUCACUGCCUACUGCGGUGAGAACCAAAUGGACCCAGACGAAGCAGUCCAGCGCCUACGAGCAGAAAUUUUGGAAAAUACCAAAAUCUCCGUGUCCGCUGGCAUCGCCCCGAACGCGAAAAUUGCCAAAAUCUCGUCCAACAUCAACAAGCCCAACGGCCAAUUCCGUGUGGCAAACGAGCGAACAGCUGUCAUGGAAUUCAUGCAGUCAUUGCCUUGCCGCAAAGUGAACGGUAUCGGGCGAGUCUUCGAGCGAGAGCUCGAUUCCAUUGGCAUCAAAACCUGUGGUGACAUAUACCCUCAGCGAGCUAUACUUACCAAAUUAUUCGGGGAAAAAGCAUUCCAGUUCCUGGCUCAAUGCUACCUCGGGUUGGGCAGGACCAAUAUCGAGCCCGUCGAAACACACGAGCGGAAGAGCGUGAGUACUGAGACCACAUUCCAUGAGAUUGGAGACAAGGAGGAGUUGCGAGGGAAACUCCGCUGGGCGGCAGAGGAGAUGGAAAAGGACCUCGCGCGGACCCAAUUUAAAAGUCGGACGUUAUGCCUCAAGGUGAAACUUCAUACGUUUGAGGUUUUGACGCGCCAGACUGCACCUCCGCGGGCAGUCUCCCAAGCCAAGGAUCUCUAUACAUACGCACUUCCCAUGCUGAUCAAGUUGGAGAAGGAGAUCCCGGGGAUGAAGUUACGGUUACUAGGUUUGCGGUGUUCGAACUUGGUCACCACGAAGAAGACCGGUCUCAAUUUCUUUGGAUUCACUGCACAACCGAAGCCGCCCACCGUGGAACCACCGGAGCCGACCAAGGAGCGUGAGAUUGGUGCAGAAGAAGCGUUUGAAGCAGCAGCUCGGCAGGAGGUGCAGGACGAGAUGAAUGACCUGGAACAGUUAAGCCAGGAAGCGGCCAUCCCAGACCAGUCGAUUCCGACUAUCGAGGCUGGUCCAGAGGCUGGUCCCGUUGAGGAAUCGCCGGCACAAUGGGAAUGUCCGAUCUGUAGUAAACCACAAAUGGCGGAUGAUCGCGGGUUCAACGAUCAUGUGGAUUUUUGCCUGUCACGUCAGACGAUCCGCGAGGCAACACAGGAUACUCAUUCAGUCAUUGAUGAGCCGUCGCAAGGGACGGGGAGUCGCAAGCGAAAGCCUGUCAAUCCAGGGGGGAACGAAGAUCCACGUCAGAAGCGACUGUUCUUCCGUUGA